AUGUUACUAGAUCUCUUCCAGACGUCUUUGGGGCGUACAAUUGACUCCAUGGCGGUUUUCUGGCUGUCUCGAGAUAUAUUUGACAAGCAAAAGACUUGUUCUAAUGGUGAUCGUAAAAUUGUAUUGCCUGGGAAACUCCCUCCAGAAAUUUUUCGAAACUUUAUUAUGGAAUCUACUGAUUCUGAAGACGGAAUCAGUCACGCACGUUCUUAUAGAGCGCUACAAUAUACAUUUGACAGGCGAAAGACUUAUUCUAAUGGUGGUCGUAAAAUUGUACUGCCUGGAUGUCGUAAAAUUGUCAUGGAAUUACGCUAUAUUGAAUUAGAACGAAGUGUCCGCAAGUUUUUAGAGUUAGAAAGAUUUUCGAGGUGGAGUUUGUCCGAGGCUAAAGAAUACGUAUCAACAAAUGUCAAAGAUGCAAAUUACAGCACUGAAGAGAUCUUUGAAAUUUUUAAACGAGAGUUAAGAAUGAAAGCCAACGAUUGUAACUUAUAUAAAUCAGCAAGAGACAAGGCCAAUAAUCUUUUUCGAAGUUUAACGAAUAGUGGAGGUUCCAACGUAAAUGAUGAAGAAGGGCAGGAAACGUUCUGUGACGUUACCAUUGAAGUUUUAGAACAAACAUUCAAAGCACAUUCUUUAGUGCUUUGUUCCCGUUCAACUUUUUUUAAUAAAAUUUUGUCAAGUGAAAAUCAUUCUUUUUAUAAAAUAACAUUACCAGAUAUCAUGGCGAGAAGUUUCGAACUGUUAUUAAAGUAUUUAUACAGUGGUACGAUUUCUUUGGAAGGCCUUCGGCCGGUGGACAUCUUCGAUUUAUACUACGCCGCAUCGAAACUUUAG